AGGUCCACCUCGAGGCCUGCAGGCAGUGGGCCAAGGUGUGGGUAGUAGCCGCUAACGCCGAGACGUCUACCUCCACACCGUCGUGUUGAACUCUACGAGGUUCCUCAUGGCCCUCAAAGUGGCGUGGGAAAUGCGGUGCUUGGCGCAACAUUUCAGCACGAAAUGCACUACCGUUGCGUCGUUGGGUCGAAACUGCAGGGCGCGUACUCGAGGAUUGAGCGAUGGUCCUCGUCGGAAACCCCGCCUGCUUCGCGGCGGCCUGGUUACCGUCCAGACGUUUGCCGGGCAAGCCUCACGGGCGGCGGUAAGGACACAAAGUGCCUUGAUGCGUGGAGGACAGCGGCGUUUCGAACGUCAUAGCCUCCCAGCGCCUGCCAUAGCGCCGGCGGCCUGGGGGUUGUUCAGGAUCGCGGCGUAGUUGCGGGCCACGCCGCCACGCGAGGUCUCGAUUUCGUCCCAGAUGGCCUGCCCUGC